GUGUGACUGUGUUGAAACCCCUACGAAAGCGGAAGGGUGAGCUAGCUAUCUUCCAGGGUUUCCUUAUCAAUGCUCCAAUGCUCCAAUGUUGACUAACAACAACGUAAAUGCUUUUUGUUCCGUUUCCCGACUGAAAGAAAUCUUCAAAGUUUUCUUACUUGCCUCGAGCUUGCCAAAUCAAAUUGUGACUGGCUGUUGAUGACGUUUUUUUAAACAGCCCCCCCCCCUCCUUUAAUGACUCAAGCAAGCAACUCUUGUAUAAUGAUAUAAAACUCUUUUAUUCCUUGAGCUCUUCUUUCGACACAGAUUCAAUCACAAAAUGGCAGCUUCAUUGAAAUCUACUGGUUCUGCAGGAACAGAAGCCAAUGCACCAAGAUACGGUCAGUAGUCACAUCUUCAAUGCUUUGCAUAAAAAAAUGAAAAAAAAAAAAAAUUACCCCUCAAUUCUUGGAAGAAGCAGUGACUGAAUACUCCAAGAAAGAACGCAGCAACAACCCGAGAACCCAUUUGCAUCCCUUAUACCCGACCAAACUAUCGCCAUCAUCCCAUCCUUCACCUUAGAGUCCGGCGAAACUUUACACAAUGUUCCAUUGGCAUACAGCACCAGAGGAAAGCUUUCACCUAAUCGCGAUAAUGCUAUGGUCAUAUGCCAUGCCUUGACUGGCAGUGCAGAUGUCAGCGAUUGGUGGGGACCUCUUUUAGGUGGUCCUGGUCGAGCAUUCGAUAUAUCCAGAUUCUUUGUGAUAUGUAUGAACAGUCUAGGAAGCCCUUACGGGAGUGCCAGUCCUGUCACUUGCAAGGAUGGGGACCCAAAAAAUGAAAGAUAUGGCCCUGAAUUCCCUUUGACAACCAUCCGAGAUGAUGUCAACAUUCACAAACUUCUCUUGGACGAUUUAGGAGUUCGACAAGUGGCAGCGGUCAUAGGAGGUUCUAUGGGAGGUAUGCUGGUGCUUGAAUGGGCAUACUUUGGCAAGGAUUAUGUUAGAGCUAUUGUGCCAAUCGCAACAUCUAGCAGACAUAGUGCUUGGGGAAUCAGUUGGGGAGAAGCUCAAAGGCAAAGCAUCUAUGCCGAUCCAAAGUACGAUGACGGCUAUUACCCAUUUUCGGAUCCUCCAACUGCAGGGCUGGGCGCGGCACGCAUGUCUGCAUUGCUUACGUAUCGAAGCCGGAAUUCAUUCGAGGCAAGGUUUGGGCGAAACAUACCUGAUGCUUCAAAGAAACAGACCAUCAGCGAAAGCCAACAAUCCGCCACCGCAUCGGAUAUCCACAGGGCAAUUCACAAUGAUGGACACAGACAGACCAGAUCUCCAAUAUCUUCAAGACCUGGAAGUUCAGCUGCCAUUUCAACCAUGGCCAGUGAAAACAUUACUGCCAACGGUGGCAACCCUGCAAACUUUACUGACCCGCAAUUUCACGGCGCAACUCCCUCAUCAUCCCCACCACCAGACCGGCCUGUUCCAAAGCGCAAGUCGACCUCUCAUUACUUUUCCGCGCAAUCAUAUCUUCGUUACCAAGGUGAAAAAUUUGUCAAACGUUUUGAUGGAAACUGUUAUAUUGCCAUCACCCGCAAGCUUGAUACUCAUGAUGUCUCAAGAUACAGAGUGCCAACAGAUUCAGAGGAUCCUAUUGCUGAAGCUCUUUCACAAAUUCAACAGCCAACGUUGGUACUUGGUAUUGAGAGUGAUGGACUUUUCACAUUUGAUGAGCAGAAAGAGAUUGCAGCUUCAGUACCAAAUGCACGUCUCAGGAAGAUUGAAUCGCCCGAAGGCCACGAUGCAUUCUUGUUGCAAUUUGAACAGGUCAAUCAACACAUUCUGGAAUUUUUGAACGAAGUUUUACCUGAUAUUAUGGGAGCUCCUGGCAUUGAAGGAGUUGUAGCAGAAGACGGAGUAGGGGCUGUUACCAAAAGCAGUACAUUUGGCGAGGCAGAAGUGGAUGACAUUACAGCAUGGUAAAUGGGGAGUGUUAUUGAAAAUGUACAUAACAUUUACGGGCUACUGCUUCUGAGCCUCACCGGCAUCUGAAUAUGAUAUUUCACGUGCUGGUUUGAAGAUACGAAUGAGCUUGUUGUAGAUACAAAUGAACCAUGGUAGUAGGUAGUAGGUAGUAGGUAGGAGGUCGUCAAAGCAAUAAUCAUGCAUACUUCCGUCAUGACUACCAUACGAGAAUUAAUUUGUCAUCUCUGAUGAAAUCCACAUUGGUCGAGUAGUGAAAUAUAGAGUUGUAGGUAUGUGAUAGAUGUGCUAUCCA